UCAUUGGUUCUAGGGCCACAAAGUUUGGGUAGAUGGAAGAUUAGAUCUGAAAUGAGCUAACGCAAUUGUUGUUCACUGGCCUUCUCAAAGGGGGAAAAGAAGGAGAUAUGGCGGAGAUUGCUGUCAACAUCGUCAUCGACAAGUUGCUCCCAUUACUAGAUCAAGAAGCCACACUAUUGGGAGGCGUCCACACACAAGUUGAAGACAUUAAAACAGAGCUACUAUAUAUUCAAGCUUUCCUAAUGGAUGCAGAUGCAGAGGUGGAGAAAGCAGAUGUCAGCCAAGGCCUUAAAACUUGGAUUCAAGACUUAAGGGAGACUGCUUAUUCCAUAGAAGAUGUCAUCGAUGAAUACUUGCUUCACUUGGAAAAUCCAAGUGAACCGCAUAGAUUCAUUGGUUUCCUCUGCAAAGUUGGUCACUUGAUAAAAAAAUUGAAACAACGCCGUGAGGUAGCCUCCAAGAUCCGUGAUAUCCAGAAAAAGGUUGUCAAACUCAAGGAAAUAAGUUCAACUUACGGCUUCAUUAGUUCAGUUCAGCCAGGAUCUGGAGGCAGAAGUACAAGUGCGCCAUGGCAUGACCCUCGGGUGACUUCCCUUUUCAUAGAUGAUGCUGAAAUUGUUGGUAUUGAAUCUCAAAAAAGAAAACUCACAAGCCGGCUGGUGGAGGGAACUUCAAAACGGACUGUAAUUUCAGUGGUUGGCAUGGGCGGACUUGGCAAGACCACUCUUGCCAAGAAGGUAUAUGACAACAAGGAAUUAGUGGGAUACUUUGAUUGCUCUGCUUGGAUCACUGUGUCUCAGUCAUUCAAGAAGGAAGAGCUACUGCUACUGCGGAACAUGUCAAAGAAAUUCUAUCAAUCAAGGAAGGAGGCAGUCCCUGAGGGUCUUGAUACAACAGACGAGACGUCACUUAUUACUCUAACCAGGGGAUAUUUACAAGAUAAAAGGUAUGUGGUUGUUUUUGAUGAUGUAUGGAAACUAGAUUUCUGGGGAAUUAUAAAAUGUGUUUUACCAGAAAAUGGAAAAGGGAGCAGGAUAAUAAUCACAACCCGUAAUGAUGAGGUAGCUUCCUCUUGUAUAGAAUCUUCAUUUGAUUACAUCCACAAACUGCAACCCCUGUCUCCAAAGAGUUCCUGGGAACUCUUUUGCAAGAAGACAUUCCAGGGUGGAUGUCCUCCAGAUUUGGAGAAAUUGUCUCUUGAUAUUGUCAAAAGAUGUGGAGGAUUGCCACUAGCGAUUGUAGCAGUCGGUGGUGUUUUGUCAAUAAAAGAGAAGCUUAUCCCCGAAUGGAAAAAAUUUAGUGACAACCUAGGCUCUGAGUUACAAAGUAAUUCACAUCUUGAAAGUAUCAAUACAAUUCUCUCUCUCAGCUACCAUGAUCUGCCUUACUACCUCAAGUCCUGUUUCUUGUACUUGGCCAUUUUCCCGGAGGACUACACAAUUAGAUGUAGACCACUUACUCGGCUGUGGAUUGCUGAGGGUUUUGUGAAAGCCAAGAAAGAUGUAAUGCUAGAAGAUGUUGCAGAAGAAUUCUUGACUGAGCUCAUACACAGAAACUUAGUUCAAGUGUCUAAGGUAUAUGCUGAUGGAAAAAUUGAAAGUUGUCACAUUCAUGACUUGAUACGUGAGAUUAUUCUCAAAAAGGCCGUGGAGUUGAGUUUUUGUUGUUUGAUGACUGGAGAAGCCUCAAGUUUUGAUGGAGGAUUUAGGCAUCUAUCAGUUCAUAAUAGCUCAUAUAAUGUUGUAAACAUUAUUGGUAAAACGUCGCACAUCCGCUCCAUUUUUCUUUACAACUCUCAGAUGUUUUUUCUGGAGAAAUUGGCUUCAAGAUUUAAUCUUCUGAAAGUAUUGGAUCUUAAUGAUUCUGGUUUGGAUAGUUUUCCUGAAAAUUUGGGAAAUCUGUUGCAUUUGAGGUACUUAAGUCUGAGGAAUACAAAAGUCAGGAUGCUUCCAAGGUCCAUAGGUAAACUACAAAACCUACAGACUUUGGAUCUGAAAUAUUCCCUUGUGGAGGAUCUUCCUGUUGAGAUCAAUAGGCUUAAAAAGCUGCGCAAUAUUCUAGCCCAGAAUCAUGAUUUCGAUGAUGAUUUGGGCUUGUUAUCUGUUAAAGGAGUGCAUGUAAAGGAGGGUAUUGGGUGUUUGGAAGAGUUGCAGAAGCUGUCCUGUGUGGAGGCAAACCAUGGGGUGGGGGUAAUUAAAGAGCUGGGAAAGCUGAGGCAGUUGAGGAAGCUGAGUAUUACAAAACUUACUAGAGAAAAUGGGAAGCAUUUAUGUGCCUCCAUUACAAACAUGAAUCGCCUUGAAUCUUUGUUGAUUUCGUCAUUGAGUGAAAACGAGAUUCUGGAUUUACAGUAUAUAUCGCAUCCACCCUCCUGCCUUUCACGUCUCCAGUUGGUCGGGCCUUUGGAGAAGUUACCUGACUGGGUUUCUGAACUUCAAAAUUUAUCUAUUGUAAACUUGUAUGGUUCUAACUUGAUGAAUGAUCCAGUGCAAGUCCUUCAAGCCCUGCCUAGCCUGCAGAUGCUUCAACUAGCGCGUGCCUCUGCUGUUGAGGAAUUGUGUUUUGAGGCAACCGGGUUUCAGAAACUUAAGCGCUUGCAUCUCCUUUACUUGAUGGGAGUGAAGAGGGUGAAAAUAGAGAACGGAGCACUGCCCCUACUCGAGGCGCUUCUAGUUGGGCCCUGCCCACAACUGGAGGAGCUCCCCCCGGGUAUCCGCCACCUUACCAGACUUACAACUCUUCAAUUUAUUCAUUUGCAGGAAGGACUGAAACUAAGUAUGAUACCCUCCUGGGGCAGAAAUUAUAAGAUAGUUGAGCACAUUCCAAACGUCCUUUUUUCUGGGAAUGGAACUCAAAGCCUACGAGAGCUAUCUGACUACAAAUCUUAAUUCCCAAACAAAGGUAUGGGAAUUGGAGUCUCAAGUUCCCCUCAGUGGCAAUAAAACCCAGUAAGUCUUUUUUCCUCUUUAAUUCACUCUAGAUGUAUUUUAAUUAUUAUAUUUUUAUCCAUAGGAAUUGAUGUAUAUUAUAAAAGACUUGAAAAUCCAAUUGUUGGAAUCUCCACUAGGUUAAAGGCUUGGAUUGUGGGUUGUGCUGUCUGUUUAUUUGUAAUAAGUUUUAAUUUGAACUCUUAUCUGCUUGUCGUGGUUUCCCGUGUGAACAA